AUGUGGAAUCAAUAAUUUUUACCUGCUUAUAAUCUUUAUGCAUAACCUUAAUAACCUCUUUUUUAUCCUCUAUACUUCAUUCCUGUGCUUACUGGGAAUUAAGGAUAGCCUGAUGGAAAUUUAAGUAAUUCUUUGACAACCUAACUAACCUCAUAAACUCCUUAAAUUACUUCACUAGAAGCACCUUUAUAACCUUCUUGUUCACUUUUGAAUGAAAAAUAAAUUUAAGAAUCUGUGGAGAGCAUCGAUUCAGUGGUAAUGAAAAAAAAAUCUAAAAAUAUAUUACAAUCAAACAGUCUUUCAUAAAAAUCUACAAAUAUUUAAAAAAAUUAUGCCAAAGCUAUUGUCCAAUACAUUUUAAGACAAAGGAUUGAAGUCUUAAAAUAUUUGGGCGAAAAGCAAGGCAUAGAAUUUCUAAAAUUGCUCACGUAAUUAAAAAAUAACAUAAAAAAUGUUAAACAUUUAAUUAAGUAUACCAAUGACGAUAAAUAAUAAAAAUUAUUUAGAAUCCUAUCAAAUAGGUUUCUAAAGAAAGAAGCUAUAGGAUAUGUGUAUAAUUCGAAUAUCAAAUCAACAAGUCAACAUAUAUUGUAUAGACAUCUAAUAUAACUUAAUUUAUAAAAGUGUUGA